AUGCGUUUCAGCACCUCACUUGCGUUGACCCUGCUGGCCGGUACGCUUUCAAACGCAUUGCCCGCCCCUCAGGAUGCUUCGAAUUCGACAAUCGAGCACUCAGAUCUACCCACCGAGGCCUCAUCCAAUCCUUCAGAGGCCGGCCACCAACUAGCCAAAUUGGCCGAGUUCGCCCAGCAAGAAGCGAAUGCCACGUUGAAAGCAAACUCACCCAAGCGAGGCAGCUGCAACAUCUUCAAUGUCGCUGUACGCCGAGAAUGGGGCGCUCUUUCCAGGCCUGAGCGCAAGGCAUACAUAGAUGCUGUUCUUUGCCUGCAAUCAAAACCGGCCAAGACACCUGCCUCACUCAUCCCUGGUGCCAAAACACGGUUCGAUGACUUCCUCGGUACACACAUCAACCAGACUCUCAUAAUCCACUACACCGGUACCUUCCUUGCAUGGCACCGUUACUUUGUAUGGCAUUACGAGCAGGCCCUUCGCAAUGAGUGCGGCUACAGAGGCUACCAGCCAUACUGGAACUGGGCCAAGACUGCCGCGACAGGGUUAGAAAGGUCACCUAUUCUCGAUGGCUCUCCUACGUCCAUGUCAGGCAACGGAGAGUUCAUUCCUAAUCGUGGAAACGUCAUCCUUGGUGGCAAUGGGCUGCCUGACCUUACGCUACCUCCAGGCACUGGAGGUGGUUGUGUGAAGAGUGGACCGUUUAAGAAUAUGACGGUCAACCUAGGCCCAGUUGCAUUGUCCCUCACUGAUGGUACCACCGAAUCAAACGGUGAUGGGCUGUCGUAUAACCCCAGAUGCCUCAAGCGUGACUUGACAGAUUGGAUCAACAAGAAGUUCGCAGAUGCCACUAGUGUCACAAGCUUGAUCUUGCAGAACAAGGAUAUCGAGAGCUUCCAGAUGAUCAUGCAGGGUAUUCCGGGCUCGGGUAACAUUGGUGUACACGGUGGUGGCCAUUUCGCAAUGGGUGGCGACCCUGGCCGUGACAUGUUCACCUCUCCCGGCGAUCCUCUCUUCUACCUGCAUCAUGGUAUGAUCGACCGCGUCUGGUGGAUCUGGCAACAGCUUGACCGCAAGACACGCACCAGUUCGGCUGGUAUCUCCGGCACAAACACUUUUCUCAACACACCACCCUCUCCCAAUACCACGCUCAGCACUCCCAUUGACCUUGGGUUCGCUGCCGGUCCGCCGAAAACAAUGGCGGAUCUGAUGUCAACGACUGAGGGGCCCAUGUGCUACAUUUACCUUUGA